GCUCCACCAAAAUCACUAUCAGGUGCUAAAGAUGUGCCUGUUCCUUCAAGGUCGCUGCAAAUUGAUAGGUUCAUUCCAGCCCCCCCCCAAGAUUAUCGCAAGUUGAUAAAGCUGCUCUGCCUUCUUCAGAACAACCACAUAUAUCUCCAGCUACUAAUUCUGAAGCCCAAGGGGCAACUACUUCUAGGAAGGUCACAAUCAGCUCAGUUUUGGAAGUUGCUGCAGCAUCGAGGCCUUCAAGUGCUCCUCUGUUACCCACACCAAGAUCAACUGCACCAGUUGCUUCACAUAUUCAAACUUCCACGUUGCUUUCCCGCUCGAUGAGUGAGGCAGCUGGGAGAAGGUCAGUAAAUGAUCCUUCCUUUUCUGACCCAUCUUAUACUCCCCAGACCUACCGAAAUGCAAUAAUUGGUAAGACUGGUCUGGCUACUACCUCUGCAAGCCUUGCAUAUCAGUCCUAUUCUCUGGGUCAAGAUACUGCUCCUUCACAGCCUCUAUCAGCAUAUGCAUCAAGCACAACAGUCAUGAUGCCUCCUGCUGGAAGAUCUGAUCAAUCAUCAGCUAGGCAUGGAUUCAAGCCUGGGUCUGGUAAGCUAGAAGCACAUGACAGCUGGCAGCAGUGGAAAGGUGAUAAUAAUGUUGAAAUGCAUCUCUGGAGGGAUCACACUCCCUAUCAACAAAUGACCAGGAGUCAAGCAUAUGACCAAUCUCGGAGGGACGAUACUUAUCAGCAAACAUGCAGUAGAGGAACAGAAAAGUUCAGCAGGCACGCAGGACUGCAAGCUAGGCAGUUCCAAACCGAGACACCCGCCAGCCAUGUCUGGCACCAACAACAGGGGCAAGUGGCAGAAGAGUUUCCACACCUUGACAUCAUAAACGAUUUGCUUGAGGAGGACCAGAUCAACGGCAGUAUACCAGAGUCAUUUCAUCAAGAUUACAAUGUGUUUGGCCUGCCAUUUUCACCAAGAGGAAACUUGUCAGAUAUGGGAAUGGCUUCUGUUAGAAGUCCUGCUCGGUUCAAUUCAACCAAGUAUGAGUAUGACGGUGGAUUCUCGGGGGCUUAUGACAUAAAUGCGGUCAAUGGGUUGAGGGAAUGACAGUUUCCCUCGUUGGAUAGUUACUCUAAUGGCCUGUUUGACGUGAGUGCAUCAAAGCCUUGGCUGAAUGGCUCUCCCAGUCCAUCGUUGAUGAGCCUUGGGGUUAACACAAAUGGAUACCACCCCCAGGUUGCGGACUACCCCAGUCUGGGAAAUGGGGUGAAUGGAGUCUCCUUGUGGCGCCGCCAUGCUAACGGGCACUGGUAAUGCGAGGUGCCUGUAUACAAUCAUACAAAUGGAAUAAUGUUUG